CUGCGGUGGCGCAGAAACCGAUGGUUAUAGAUUGCUUCUCUUUCUUUGAUCUGCCCACAUAGGCUAACCAUGCCAGCAAUCGAUGCAUAUUGAAUCAGUUACCCAGGUGACACACAACAAACAAUGCCAGCAAAUGCGCGGGUCACACUUUUGUACGGACCUUAUAAAUCCAGCGGAGUAAUACAACACAGGACCUUCCGCCUCCAGGGUCUCCAGGCCGCUCUGAGAGCGCGCGGGCACCUGUGCGUUUUGGAAGAAACACGCGAGUGGAAUAUUGUGGAGCUCGUGGUCAGCGGGGAGGUCGUUUUCACCUGUAACAUAAAUGAUCUGGAGUUUGGCGGAGAUGGAAAACUGGACCCUGUUUGCAGAGAGGCUGUUGCUGCAGUGGAGAGUGCUUACUGAAAAUAAACCCAUAUUUAAAAAAUGCAAUUAAAAACUGUACAUAUUAUGCAAUUACACCACUGUAUGGAUUCAUUUAUAAACACCAGUCAAUUUAUUAGGUUCACAUGUUUAACUUCUUGUUAUGUGAGAUUUUCCUGCACAACUAUCUUUACAUUUACAGAGAAUGCUCUGGAAAAGACGUAAUAUUCAGUGACUAAUAUUUAUCUGGGUGAAAAUGUUUUGUAAAUUCUAGAGGUCUGAGGAGAACGGCCAGCCUGCUUCGAUUUGAUAGGAAGAUUACUCUAACUCGAAUAACCAGCCAUUACAACUGAGGUAUGCAGAAAAGGGCCUCUGAAUGCACAACAUUUAAAGCAUUAAAGCUGUAGAUGGGCUACAGCUGCAUAAGAACGUACCAGGUGCCACUUCUUUCAGCUAGGAACAGGAAAAUGAGGCUACAGUUCAAACGGGCUCACCAACAUUGAUAAACAGAAGAUUGGAAAAAGUUGCCUGGUCUUAUGAGUCUCAGUUUCUAAUGGUAAGGUCAGAAUAUGAAAGCAUGAGUCUGUGCUGUCUUGUGGCAGUGUAAUGGUGGGGGAUAUUUUCUUGAGUUCUACACUUAGGCCCAUGAGACAACCUGCAUGAGUGUUGUUGCUGAUCAUGUUCAUCACUUUAUGACCACACUGCACUCGGUGAGUGUAGAUUGUCCUGCUGUUUAUGGGUUUAACCACUAACAGACUGACAAUUAUCAACUGGCCGAACUGGUCAGUCCAACAAGGCUCCCAAAAUUGUCCACAUUCAUUCUACUGCAGUGAUUCUAAAAUUAUGGCGUGAGCAUAAAGCAAAGUUACGUUAUUAUGAUUU